CAGGACUCCGGGCAGAGGCACAUCGGGCAGGACUCCGGGCAGAGGCACAUCGGGCAGGACUCCGGGCAGAGCAGCACAUCGGGCGGGCAGAGGCACAUCGGGCAGAGGCCCCCGGGCAGGCAGGCCCCGGGCGGGGCGGGCCCCCGGGCGGAGGGCAGGCACCGGGCCCCCCGGGGCGGCAGGCACCGGGCCCCGGGCGGGGGGCGGCAGGCACCGGGCCCCCGGGCGGGGCGGCAGGCACCGGCCCCCCCGGGGGAGCAGCAGGCACCGGGCCCCCGGGCGGGGGCGGCAGGCACCGGGCCCCCCCCGGGCGGAGCGGCAGGCACCGGGCCCCCGGGCGGGGGCAGGGGCGGCAGGCACCGGGCCCCCGGGCGGGGCGGCAGGCACCGGGCCCCCGGGCGGGGCGGCAGGCACCGGGCCCCCGGGCGGGGCGACAGGCACCGGGCCCCCAGGCGGGGCGCAGGCACCGGGCCCCCAGGCGGGGCGACAGGCAUCGUGCCCCCAGGCGGGGCGACAGGCAUCCGGCCCCCAGGCGGGGCGACAGGGCUCGGGCCCCCGGGCGGGCGGACCCCCAGGGCGAGCGACAGGCUCGGGCCCUCAGGCGGAGCGGCGGGCGCCGGACCCCCAGGCGGAGCGACAGCGGGCAUCGGGUCACCAGGCAUCAGGUCAUUUGGCUCGACAGCGGGCACCGCGUCAUCUGGCAAGGCAGUGGGCUCCGAGUCAACUGGUAUGACCGCGGGCACUGGGUCAGACAUUGGAUCGUCUGACCGGACAGCGGGC